AUGACCAUCAUGGAUGGUGGUGCUAACAGAUUAGAUGUUAGGCAACAGCAAAGUCAACAAAAACCACCGGAAUUGUUACAGCAGCAGCAACAACAUCAUCAUCCUCCGCAUCAUCACUUUCAAUAUCAACAGCCACAACAACAGCAACAACAACAACAGCGUGGACAAACAAACCAGUUUUCCACGACCGGUGGCGGCGGCAGUUUAUCCGCUUUGUCGGCGGACGGUCACGGGAUGACCACCACCACAACCAAUCCUGCCGCCGUCGUCGGCGCCGGCGGGCAGUUUCCGGCAUCCUUUCCCGACAGCUUCAAAGACUUUUUCGCCAUGCUCAACGAGGAGGACGACCACGUCGAUGUGUUCUCCAACAUACUAGAGGAUAAGGACAUCCCGCGCGGUACCAAGUGUCGCUACAGUCGUGCUUCCAACGCUGCCGGUGGCGGUUCCGGUAGUUGCAACUACAAUACGGCUCCCGGUUCGGCUGGGCUGGGCCAUUCGGGUUCGACGGCGUACGGUGGAGGAAACUCGCGGUCGCUCGGGCCCGGGUUUCCGAGCGCCAACAACAACUACAACUUUGGCCGGUCCAGUUCGUUCCGGAUGCACCGGAACAAGGCGUCCUAUGCGGCGGUGGUCGAACAUCACCAGGAACGGCUGUUUGCCUAUCCGUCGUCGUCGUCGUCGUCGUCGUCGAAUCACCAGCUGCUGAUUAAAAACAUUCGCAAUCAGCUGGGUGGAUCCGGAUUGAUUCCGGGUGGCGCGAGUGUUAGUGGGGGUGGUGGUACUGGUGAAAGUGAAAGUGAAGAUAGAACGAUGAAGAACCUUAAUCUUAUCAAAAGUGCUGUGGUAGAUCGAUCGCCCUCUUCGUCGGCAUUGGCUGCGGCCGCCGCAGGCGGCUUGACAGUGACGGGAUUUCCCGGACCUGCUUCGAUUAAUCGGUCCAAAUCGAACACGAAAAUCGACGACCGAUCGCCUACUUCGUUCGAGAUGAAAAAUUUCGAGUACGGAGGAGCUGCAGCUAGUGGAGCUCCAGGAAAUGGUCGGAAUUAUAAUAUUAACGAAAACUGCGACGAAAUCGAGGAAGACACGCUGAGUUCGAGUGGCAGCAAGCAAAAUCUCUCCUCGAAGAUGACAAAAACAACCACCUCCUACUGCUUCAUGCGCCAUCAUCAACAACAACAACAACAACAGCAGCAACAACAGCAACCACAUCAACCUACGAGCAAACCACCGCACCACGGAAGAAACAAUUCCCUGCGGGUGCAUCGAUCAAACGCCUCCACCAUCUCACCGUCGGCUUCGGUUGCAUCGAUGUUCGCUGCCGGAGGAGUAGGAGGAGGAAUCAACAAAAGCACGCUCGGUGGUUCCUGUUCCUCGUUCACCGGCGUACCGACGACGACCAUGGUCAACUGCCCAACCGGGAAGUGUCUGCAGCUGAACAGCUGCAGCUGUUGCAGCACCAGCAAAGAUUUUAUGAAACACCAAAAGUCACCGGUCUUCAACCGGCAGCGGUCGUCGUCCAUUAGCGUUGCCCGGCCCACGCCCGAUCUGCAUCGCUUUCUGAAGGCAGAAGCACCCCCACAGCAACCGCUGUCCCCCGGGACAAGAUUCGAACCACGUGAUAAGUUCCCAUCGCUUGGGGCAAACGCCAGCGGCACCAAUCUGGGUUCGUCGACGUCGACCCUCUCGACGCUGGUGGAAAGUGUAAGCGGCGUCAGCACCAGCACCGUUAACAACGGACCGCUCGACCAGGACGCGGCACUGAUGAUGGCCGAUAGCGGUGGAGGCAACAAUAACCACAACAACAACAAUAAUACCAAACAGCAGCUCAAUUUCAACCUUGGCAUAAAUAGCGGCACCAGCAAUAUGUCAUCGUCAUCUUCGGGCUAUCGGUUGAAGUACGGCGGCGGAGGAGGUAGCGGCGAAGGCGCUACCCUGGUCCCCGGCAUCAAAGCGGAUAGUCGAUACCAGAAUGGCGAGAACGAUGCCAAUUUCAGCAACCACCAGCACCAGCACCAGCACCAGCACUCGGCGGUGCCACAUCGAACCGUCAGCAUCAGCACCACGGCCAUCGUUUGCGGUGGUGGCGGCGGCGGCGGCGGCGGUCGGGACGGCAGCCGAACGCCGGCUCCGGGCCGCGAAGGACCGCCAUCGGAGGAUGCCAAGCAACAGCGGCUGCGGACGUCCAGCAUGCCGGUGGAGAAUCGAAAGCCCCGUCUGGCGGACACCCGGAGGUCGGCCAUCCACUGCGCGGACGUGGACAUGGAGUACUACCGGUUGCGAAGUUUUAGCAUCACUUCCCAUGGAAUUUGUAAUCUAGGGGAUUCGAUGAGAAGUCGUCGAUCACGGUCGAUCAAUUCGGUAACUUCCACAGGCUCCGGAGGCGGCGGCGGUGGUGGUGGUGGUGGCGUGAAAGAUCGCAAGGAAAGCAGUGGGUCGCAGAAACAAGACGCGCACAUGGCUUCGGCGGAAGGCAGCGGCGAUAACCUGUCGGCCGUCAAGGAAAAAGAUCAUGCCUACAAAGUGGCGAUGCUGGGUGCUUCCGGGGUCGGAAAGACAGCCCUAACCUAUCAGUUCACAACUUCCGAGUACAUCUGCGCCUACGACUUGAGUUUGGAUGACGACUACGGUCAAAAGACAGUUUCCGUGCUGCUAGACGGACAGGAAACUGACCUGGAGAUAAUCGAUCAUCCAGCGUGCGAGAUGUCGGAAGAGGCAUUCUGUUCGACGUACCACAUCGACAUCUUCGUUGUCGUUUACUCGGUGGUCGAUCGCGGAUCGUUCAAAAAAGCCGAAAAAAUCCUUCACUUUCUGAAGGAUACCGAAAUGCUGCUCACCCGGGGAGUCAUCCUGGUCGGCAACAAAACGGACCUGGAGCGACAGCGGGAAGUUCCUACCAGUGCGGCUCGCCGGCUGGCGAAAGAGAUCGGUGCCAAGUUUAUCGAAACCUCCAGCGGAAUGGACUACAACGUUGACGAACUGCUGGUGGGAAUCGUUGCGCAGGUUAAGCUAAACCCGCAGCGAAUCCAUCGGCUAACGGACAAACAGCGGAACAGCAUUGCCGGGUCGGUCAUCCCGCAGCCAAAAACUCCCAUCAAGGGCCGCAAGACGGCCAUGUCGAUGCGGGAGCUAACCGGCCGGGACGCCGCCAGUCGCAUUCGGCGAAUGGUCCGCCGAAGCAGCAUCGGAAAGUUCGGUUCGCAGGAUGACGACGACGACGACUACGAGCUGGGCGAUAAGCGACUGCGUAAAAAGUUGCAAAACUACCAACAGGACCACCACCAGGACGAUGACGGUGAAAGCGACGACGAACGGUCGACGGACAACGAGACGAAUCUGCUGAAUCGGAAGCGAUUCGAGAGCGGUGUUGCCGGUUUGACAGGCGCAAAGCGCCUGUCCUACGACGAGCAGAUGCAGCAGGAUGCCGAGGGAUUGCGAUCGUCUCAGCAGGAUCCGCACCGAUCGCCACAGCACACCAUCAGGCGGAUCAACUUUAUCGACGAUAAAGCGCCGACCCCGGCCGGCGGGGCGUGCAGUACGCCGUCCUCGAACCGUUUCGCCAAUCGCACCAAACUGCUGCUGACUUCGUUUCUGAAGUUCAAGCGCAAUCUGCGCGUUAAACGGCGAAGCUCCGGCAGCUGCAGUGAUUUGUUCGUAAUUUAA